AUGGCGGGAGUGCUAGAUGGCACCGUGGCGUGGUGGAAGGGCCGGCAGCGGGCCAACAGCGCUAAACUGAUCGCCCCCAUCAAGGUAGCACAGCAGCGGCUUGAGGCUGCAUCCGCAAUGCUGGCCGACGGCAGCGGCAGCAUGUUGGAGGUGCUGCAGCUGGUGCGCGCCUCCUCCCUGAACUGCUACGUGUUUGAGGCGCUGCCCACGGACACCCUGGAGACCGUAGCUAGUUUGAUGGCCCAGAGCUCCAAGAUCAGCGACCCCUGCACCUUCCGAAUCAUCGUCAAGAACGUCGUAGAUUUCGCUUCUGAGGAUGAUAAGGAGCGCGGCGCGCAGCUGCUCAACAGCCUGAUUUUGUCGUACCAAAAGUUGGAUUCGGAGCUGGAAGCGGCAGCGCUGGAAAGUGGCGGCGCUGCAGACCCGGCAGUGACAGGGAAGGCAGCGCAGCAGCUGGCGGCGACCCUCCAACUUGCUUAUGGCAUGGAGGGUUUUGUGAAGGAGGUGCUCCAGGUCGCGUGA